CCCAAUGGGCUCAGUUCCUCCUGCCGGCAUCACCACCGAGCAGAUUCAAAAGUACUUGGAUGAAAACAAGCAGCUGAUUCUGGCAAUUUUGGAUAAUCAAAAUAUGGGAAGGCUAGGCGAGUGUGCCCAGUAUCAAGCACAGCUCCAAAAGAACCUAUUGUACCUAGCUGCAAUUGCCGAUGCCCAACCACAAUCUCCAGCAAUGCGUCCUCAGAUGAUACCUCAAGCUGCAAUGCCUCAAGGUGGUAAGCAGUACAUACAGCAAACACCAAAUUUCCCUCCGAAGACAACAUUACAAUUAAGCCCCCAACAAGUUCAUGAAUUGCAGCAGCACAAUUUCACCAUCCAUCGAUGCCAUUCAUGGGCAUGAGACCCAUUGGAGCCAUGAAUGGCAUGCAUGCAUUUAUGAACACUGAAUCAUCUCAUGGACGAGGCAACAACGAGAAUUCUGCUGCUGAUAGCCACAAGAAUUCGGAAGCUGAGCCCUCAGAAAACCCUCAAAGACCAGAGGAUUCCAACCUGUGAUAAUUUGUUAGGGAUUCUAUGAACAUUUCCAUGUCUGUUGUUAAACACUGGUUCGGACUCUUUAGACAUAAACUGAAGAGUGUUACUGUAUCCUCUUAAAGUGGCGGGACAACCAUUAAAAUUUGCAAUUUUUGCAGCUUGAUGCUCAAUUGUUUGGAGUCAAUACAGAAUUUAUCUUGAUCAAAAUAAAAUUUAUGUGAUGUGUUAGUUUG